AUGAGUAAAUUGCGUAUAAGAAAAUUAUGUCUGAAUAUUUGUGUUGGUGAAAGUGGUGAUCGUUUGACGCGUGCCGCCAAAGUUUUAGAACAAUUAACUGGUCAAACACCUGUUUAUUCGAAAGCUCAACAUACUAUUCGUUCAUUUGGAAUUCGACGUAACGAAAAUAUUGGUGUUUGUUGUACGGUUCGUGGGGAAAAAGCACAAGAAAUUUUAGAGCAAGGAUUGAAGAUUAAAGAGUUUCAAUUAAAUAAACAAUGUUUUAAUGACAAUGGUACAUUUGGAUUUGGUAUCGAAGAACAUAUUGACUUAGGAAUAAAAUAUGAUCCAACAAUUGGAAUAUUUGGAAUCAACUUUCUUAUUGUAUUAGGCAGAGCCGGUUUUGAUAUUAAUAAUAAAAAACAUCAAAAAUCACCCAUCGGAAAAGCACAUUGUAUCACUAAAAUUGAUACGAUGAAAUGGUUUCAACAAAUUUAUGAUGGAAUUUUAAUAUCAUUCUUUUUAUUAAGAAAAACGAAAAGUUUAUUAUUAUACAUGGAUCUAGCUGGAAAAUUAGUAACUAGUGGAAUGUCUCAUGCUUCCAAUGUAUCCGAAGUUGAUCCUUGCUCUGGUUGCGAGAAUCCUUGCUCGAUUCAUCAAACUUAUCCACCAGAAAUAACAGCUCAAAUAGAUCUAGGCAAAAUGUCAGGAUCUGUAGAAUCACAUCGUCGUCAUUUAUGUAUUGGACAAAAUUACGAAUCAGCAAAAUGGCCAAAAGAUGUUAAAAAUCUAAAUGAUUAUGUUGAACAAUUAACAAAAGAAUUAAAAAAUUUUAAAGACUAUUCUGUCAAAUUAACAGCCACGUCAACAAAUGUUGAUAGUAAUGACGCUGAUGUGGCUGACUGGUAUUUAUUUCCUGAUCUCAUUCGAUUCAGAAACGUGAGAAAGGAUCAAAUAACAAAAUUAAUCCAAGUUCUAUUUGUUGAUGAUCAGUCAAUAAUAAAAAUCAAAGAUAAACAAAAUAGUGUUACUAAUCAAUUAGCUGAAUUAAAUCAAUCUAAUAAAAUGACAACAAAUUUCAUUCCCGCACUCGCCGAUAUUCAACACGAGAGACUGACUGGUGUAUGGUUAUUAAUAUGUUGUCAUAAAACACGAGAUGAAAGAUGCGGGGUGGCAGGUCCGAUUCUGGUAGAAGAAUGUCAGAAGUAUAUUCAAGGUGGAAAUAAAGAUGUUCAUACAUUAAAAAUUAGUCACAUCGGUGGUCACAAGUUUGCUGGCAAUGUUAUCGUUUAUCCUAACGGAGUUUGGUAUGGAAGAGUGUUAUCCUGUCAUAUACCAUUGAUUAUAGAAGCAUAUUCCGACGGUAAUGAUGAGAAAAAACAAAAAUUAACACCGUUAUUGAGAGGACAGUUAGACAUGAGUUGGAAACGUCAGCCAAAUAUGAACCAUAAUUCUUGGCAAACACCAUUCGUAAAUAUCUUCAAACAUUUUGAAAUUCAAUCAUGGAAAAAAUCAUCGAAGCAAGGCGAUGUUUCAGCUCUGAUGGAUCGAGAUUUAAAAUCCACAGUGUUUCGCAUUCGUGGAUUGAUUCCUGCAAAUAAUUUCAUUCAAUUUCCAUCUCAAUUGAGCCAAUCCCUCGGUUUAACCGGUCGUUUCUUUUACAUAUUAUUUCACUCUGUAUUUGAUAAAUUUUUUAGUAUCCAUCUGGAUAUUAUGACACACGAAAAUCAUCUCGUUAGAAUAUCAUUAUCAAAUUUAUUUCGCGAAUUUAAAGUAUCUACUACGUGCAUUCAAUUUCCCUAUAUGACAUCGAAUCCAUCAUUGGCUAUGUUAAAAACAACUUCGUCUGCAUUCGAUUCACAAAUAAAAACAUCCUCAAUUGAUGUUACAUCAACUGAAUCACGGUGGUGUGUGUUGUGUUUAGAUUUAGAGAAAAUUCUUUCCACUUAUAUGACAAAUCAACGUUAUCAUUAUAUUAAAUCAUUUCAAUUAUGUGGAAAUAUUUUUGUUAAAAAUUGCUUUACAUCGGAUAAUUUGUAUGAACCAGGAGUCACAACUGUCGAUGCUAAACGGAGUGUGUUAACAAAAGGAACGGGUGUCAGAUCAUUACCAAAAGAAUUAGCAUAUCCUUUGGGAAAGAAUCAACAGUGGCAUGAUAUUUACGAUUAUGUGAUGUUUCCUUCCUCAUCAAGUACUGGUUGCGAUUCCAAUCAAUUUGAACGUGUGAGAAAUAUUCAUUCAUCAAUUGAUUACAAGGCAAAUGAAAAUGGUAAGUCAAAUGGAAAUAUUACUGUCAAUGAUGAUAUCGGCAAACCAUCAAAAGUACAAACAAAAGCUGCCAAUGGACAUUUAUCCUGUUCAUCAUCUGAUUUACAGCACAUAAAUCAAAGAACCAUACUACCAAAUAAUAAUCAAGAAUCAUGUUCUUGGACAACAUAUAAUGACAAUCGUAGUCCAUAUCAACCAUUACCUACCACCAUUAACGAUCAACAACCGAGUACAUCACGUACAAACAAUAGUGAAGGUGUUCAUUUAUUUGCCAAUCAUCAAACGAUAAAUUUUAAUAAUUGUUCUAUACACGAUGAUAAUGAUUAUAAUGACUUCUCAUUGGAAAAGACGAUAGAUGAGAAUGGCAGUCAUCUAUUGACUCGCUUAUUACCGGAUCCAAUUCUUCGUUUGAAAAAGGUAAUUGGUAUUGGAAUAGCUGGUGAUGAAAAUGCAACAACGACAAGUGGAACCUGUAAAGAUAUCUUAUGGACCCAUGAUGGUGAUUAUAUUCUUUAUCCAUCGAAUGCUCUUGUUAUUAUGAUGCAUAUUGAAACACGACAACAAUACUUUUUUAUUGGUCAUACAGAUAAAGUAACAUCAAUUGCCUUAAAAGUAAAUUCGACGUUAUUAGCAACUGUUCAAAAAGGAUCAAACGCUAUAUUACGUAUAUGGAAACUUGAAAGUCGUCGUUGCAUAGCGGUCGUUAAAGUACCAGCCAUCAAGUUAUGUGCUGUAGAUUUUGCGCUUGAUUCUAAUAGUCUUGUUGUUGUUGGACAUAGUGGCGUUUUAGAAGAUAAACAAAACAGUUCAAAAACAAUUGUUUGUGUUUAUGAUACAUCGAAUUGUUUAAAAGGUACAAUAAAUUUAAUAUCAAAAACGUCGACAGAUUCCACUAUUGAACGUAUAAAAUUCGUACCAUAUGAUAGUUCAAAAUUUGUAACAUGUGGUCGUGAUAACAUCAAGUUUUGGCGACUGAAAAAUUCAGUAGAACUGAAAUCCAUGAGUAUAUCCGUUGAUGAUAUACAACAUUUAGAGUAUACGGAUAUUCGUUUUGAAUAUAUUACAAAGACAAAUUUAAAUCAAAACAAUGAACUUUUGUUGUAUAUUUCAUCAAAAAGUGGUCACGUAUUAGAAUUAUCCUAUAAUGAAAAACGUGUAUUACGUAUUCAUCGUUUAUUACCGUUGAAGCGACCAACGGGUUCAUCCGAUAAAAUGACAUUGGCUAAUGCACCAUCAAUCGGUGUUAAUGCAUUGACUGUGACAAGUAAUUUUUGCAUAACAGGGUCAAAUGACGGUUAUGUACGCGUGUGGUCAAACGAUUUUCAACAAGCAUAUAUUGAAGUUCAGCACGAUAACUCGAUAUGUGGAAUAGCUAUUUCGGAUGAUCAAACACGUGUACUUGUAUCAACAGUUUCUGGUUCUCUGGGUAUAUUAAAUUUAGUUAAUAAGAAUUAUUCAACCUUGAUACGCUCACAUAUAAAUUACGUUAAUGACAUUGAUUAUGAUGACAUAAAAAAACAAAUGAUUAGCGUUUCAUCAGAUGGCACCAUUCGAAUAUGGUCGUUUGAAACAGGCGAACAAUUGUAUGAGUUUACAUCUUUGAAUGACACACCAUUGUUGCUAACAUAUCAUCCGAACAAACAAGCAUUUGCAGCUGGGUUCAACAAUGGAGCAAUCAAAAUAUUCGAACUAAAUACAUCAAUUAUAUCAGCCGAAGUCAAGCAUCAUACGAGUUCUAUAACUGGUCUGUUGUAUUCUCAUAAUGGCUUUAAAUUACUAAGCAGUGAUUCUGAUGGCAAUUUAUGUUUAUCAGAUGUAAAUGAUGGGUAUAAACUUCAACGUACUAUUGCAAAAGCUUUACCGGUAAUCAAUUCCAAAUUGUCACCAAAUUUGCGUGGAAAUUUGUUAGCAAUUAGUCCUGAUGGAAAACAUACGGCAUACAUUGGCCCUACAGAAUUCGUUGUUACUGUUGUUGAGACAAACAACUUGAAUCAGACACUUCGUAUCGAUAUUAGUAGUUGUGUUUUGAAUGAUACAAAAACAGUCGAUGAAUCAGCUGUACUUGUUCGUUAUUCACCCAGUAAACAUUUAUUGGUUGCUACAUCAAAUCAAAAAUUAUUGAAAUUAGAUUCACAGACCGGAAAAUUGUUAAAUAUUAUCAACUGUACGCAUAGACGUUCAUUUGACAGUUUAGCAUUAUCAUCCGAUAGUCAGUAUUUGAUAACAUCUGGUGAUAAGCUGAUUAAAUUUUGGGAUUAUAGUAUGAGCCUUGAUAUCAACUUUCAAAGCUUUGUAGGACAUUCAGAACCUGUUAGAAAAUUAUUUUUCACACCAGACAAUAUGAAUGUAAUCAGUAUUGGUGAUUCCAUAUGCAUAUGGGAUGUAUUAGCUUGGUCAACACCGUUACCAUUGGUGCUAGACAAUGCACAAUGCAUUGUACCACCACAGUCUGUAAUGAAAAAAAUGCAUGAACAAGAUGACACUGUCAACGGCAUGCCACGACAUCCUCCACAACCCUUCAAUUAUCAUGCCACUGAAGAAAUUUCAAUAUUGGCAUUAACAAAUGAUGUGACUGUUCUGGCUAGUGCACAAUGUUCAUCUUCCUUUGGUCAUGACAUGCAAUCUCAAAUUAUCAUAUGGGAUAUUAAAAGUUUAAAACAAAAGUUAUCUUUACAACAAUCGGUUUCUGCUAUUAAUUGUAUGGCAUUUUCAAGAGACGAUCGAUUUCUUGUUACCGUUGGUAAUUAUGUGAAACCCCAAUUAACUCUAUGGAAUACAUGUGAUUAUACGAAUAUAUUGAACUGGGAAGAUGAAUCAAAAAAGGAAAGGUGUAUCCAUUGCUUAGCGUGGGACCCAUCACAUGCCAAUGAAUUUGUGACAGGUGGUUCAAAUGGUACAAUUAAUUUUUGUACAAUAGUCGAAAAUAACUCGAAUAAUGUUCGUUUACAUGUAGUUAACCAAACAAUACCGUUAACAUUAGUUGAACAUUUGAAUAAUUGUGAAAUAACCUCAUGUGCCUAUAUUACAAAUGGAAAUCUCGUUUUAUGUUCAACCAAUCUCGGUUUUAUUACAUGUUGGAAUACAAGAAUAAACGUUUGCAUGUUACACUGGAAAGCUGACCAAAACGAAAUAUCUUAUAUGAUUUCUAUUAAACAUAAAUUAAUCACCGGAUCAUCAGAGGGUUUACUAAAAUUAUGGAACAUCGAACAUUUAGAAUCGAACAUUACGAAAUCAGCUAAUUUUAAUAAUAGCACUGUACACAAUGAAAUUAAUUUUGGUUUAACAAUUCAAGACGAAUUUCAGUUAGAUGGUGCAAUAAUUAGUGGUGGAUUUGAUUCUACAUUUGAUAUGGGUAUUGUUGGAACGACAAAUAGUUCAUUGUUUUGUGUUUGUUGGUCAGAUCGUUCAAAAACACGUUUAGUAGCAUCUCACACAAAUACGAUUACUGGAAUUGUACCUAUUGAAGAUACACAUUUGAUAACAUCUAGCGAAGACGGUACAAUAAGAUUAUGGCAAUUAGAUGAUAGAGAUGAAAUAUUAAGAUUUGAUGCUAAUGGACUUAAAGUGACGUGCAUAACACCAUGGGAAAAUUCAAUAACACCCACAAAUGAUUGUCGUACGAGUCCAGUGAAAAAUAUAAUAACAAAGAUUCGUUCCAUUGUUGCUGGAUAUGAUGAUGGAACACUUCGACUAUUUAAUUUGCUCUAUGCACAAAUGGUUUUAAAACUCCAUCCACAUACAACAUCAGUAACAGCUGUUCAUGUUCCAGUUAACAAUACAAUUGUUGUGUCUGGUGCUAAAGAUGGCACAUUAGUCAUAUCAAGUUUAACACAAGGAAUUGUUUUACGUGUUUUGAAUGAGCAACGAAAUGCGCCGAUAUGUUCUAUUGACUCGAAAUAUUUACCAACGUCUAUUGGUAAUGAAGAUGUACCAUAUGUGUGGUCUGCAACGAGUCAUGAUCGACGAGUCAGCAUAUGGAAAUCAAAUAGACAUUUUGACCAAUGUCAAUUAAACGAUUGGCUAACGUUUGUAGCGCCACCAUUUGCCCCAGAUGGCACAUCGUACGAAAACACAAAGAGUUGGGACGCAUAUCCUCCCAGUCUGGCUUAUUUUUCAUCAACAGAUGAUAAUAUUCUUAUUUAUGUGGGAUAUGGUAUUGAAAAACUCGUUCAAUUUUAUGAUAUUGAAACAAAACAAAUUGUUCGUACAAUGGCAUUGAGCCAGUGGUGCAAUUGUUUUGAUGUAUCGAGCUUAACUAGUGAUGAUGAACACAAUAGAAAUAAUCGUUUAAUAGCAUUUGGUACAAAAGACCGUUUAGUACAAAUAAAAGAUUGUAAUUUAGGUACAUUUCAAGAUUUUAUUAAUAACAGUGAUUGUAUUAAUUAUGUUAAAUUUUCUAAAACACAUGCUUAUUUGUAUACAACUUCUUCGAACGAAAUUUUUAUCUGGAAAGUUCUUUUGUAUUAA